CCUGUAUGCGUGACUGAGCUGUAUGCAAGAAGACCGUGCUCUGACUUACAUGCAAUUAUUUAGUGUGAAGCAAAUUUUUAACUUAUAAAACACAAAAUUGCAAAAGAAACUUGUCAAAACUAUGUCAACUAAAUCAUCAGUGGAUUUGCGGACAGAGUUAGCAGAGCUUGUGAAGCGUAAGGCUGAAAUAGCGGACACGCUAGCAAAUUUAGAACGACAGAUAUAUGCUUUUGAGGGAAGCUAUCUUGAGGAUACGCAACUGUAUGGGAAUAUUAUACGAGGCUGGGAUCGUUAUUUAGCAAGCAAUAAGAACACAAAUAGUAAGGCAGAUAAGCGCAACAGAAAGUUCAAAGAAGCAGAACGGCUGUUUUCCAAAUCGUCAAUCACAUCUGUUGCUGCUGUGAAUGGAAUACUGGAAAAUACACAAGACAAAAUUGAGCGGUACAGCGAGUCGGAAUCUCAAGCUGGUAACAGCGGGAGCGAGGACAAUUGCAGCUUUACAAAUUCAGUGUUAACGGCAGGCAAUAACAAAGAAACAAGUGGUAAAAAUCACACCUUGGUUCAAACAAGUUAUUCCCAGAAUAAUGGUACUCUAAGUAACGUAGACAACAGUAACGUUCAGUUUACUAAUGGGCCGAUGUCUAACGGAGGUAUAGAUCACGUAACUACCCCAGUCAAGGACAGCCAUACCAAUAGCAAAGAUUCUCACAAAAAUAGAUCGUCUUCAAGCAGUGCAAAAAAAAGUAAUAAUAAACGGUCCAGGCACAGAUGAAGUCUAUAACGCUUCCAAGGACAAUUCAUACUUUGCAGUUUAAAAUAACACAACAAACUGAAAAACGAACAACAAAGAACAAUAACCAUGUUUCGGAGUAUUUGAUGGAGAAUUUAAUCUGUCAUAUAUGAAUAUAAUCGACUAAUGUUAGUAUAAUUAAUUUCUAAACUGCACCGUCAAUUUUCUUUUUUGCGACUUCUCUUCAACAUAUGUGUGCGUAUUACGUUGGUCAUUAUGUGGGGAUCAGAAAAAUUUUCAUUGGGGCGCCCCCCAGAUCUGUUCCAAACCAUUAAAAAAAAAUCUGUGUAAAGUUUCAAGCCUCUACGUCAACUGGAACACGUGCCUCUAAGCUGUGUAAGCGUUGAAUGUAAAAUACAUGUAGUUUUUAGAACUAGUUAUUUCGUUUUGUAUGACUUUGGUAUAAAUUGAGGGACCUAUUUGAAACUUGGCAGAGUUGUUGCUUAUGAUAGGAACAAUCCUUGAAAAUUUCAAAAUCCUAUAAUUAUUAUUUCCUUAUAUACGAGCCUAAUAAAAGUGAUACUAUUAAGCUUGUAUAAAAAAAAAAUAUAUUUUAAAUUAAUAAAAUUGUGAAAUUUUCACGGUUUGUUUCUACUAUUAUAAGGAAAAACUCUGCCAAGUUUCAAAUUGAUCUCUGAAUUUAAACCAAAGUCAUACAAAAUGAAAGAACUGAUUAUAAAAACUAUAUGUAUUUUGCAUUUAAAACUUUCAGACGUUAGCGGCAUGUGUUCCAGUGAUGUAAAGGAUUGAAACGAGACAGAUUUUUUUUAAUGAUUUGGAACAGAUCUGAGGGCCUUCCAAUGAAAAUUUUUCCGAUUGCCAAAUAAGGAUCACCCUAGAGCAUAUAAUGUAUUCGAACAAACUGUAUUUUGGCUAUAAUUAAUAUUUUAAAAGGAGUCACGUUUAAACGUCUGACUGAAUAUUUUUAACAUCAUCUUGUAAUGUAAUAAAUUAAAUAAAAUGGAAUCAUGGUUUACAUAUA